UUUAUUACUUUUAGGUUAUUAUUAUAUGUUAUUAUUUAAAAAUUACAAAUAAGUUACAUUAAUAGGAAAUUAAAGGCGAGAAAUCUGUGUUAUGAUGUCUUUAAGAUGCUCAAGCCGCUUGAUUAGGCAAUUAAAUAAGAUUAAUCUUAAAAACUGUCGAUGUUAUUCCGAUUCAUCCAGAAUAAAUUUUAUGAAGGAUAAAUUAAAACAUGGGCCGAAUUUGAGCGAAUUCAUCACUGGAUCGUCAGAACCUAUCCUCACAGAACGUCCUAACAUACCUUACUUGCCUGAUAGUAUUCAAGAUAAUUUAAAAAGAAAGGUUUUCUUCGAUGUAUAUGGAUGUCAAAUGAAUUUGAAUGAUACUGAUAUUGUGUGGUCUAUUUUGAAAAAGGAGGGAUUUGAAAGAACUAAAAUAGAAGAGGAGGCGGAUAUAUUUCUUGUUAUGACGUGCGCUAUCAGGGAAGGAGCCGAGACCAAAAUCUGGCACCGUCUGGAUCACUUAAGGGGAUUUAAACGGCGUCGAGCGCUCUCCAAGUAUAAGAAUAGACCAGUAAAAAUUGGUUUACUGGGAUGUAUGGCGGAGCGUCUCAAGGAAAAACUUAUAGAGAAAGAGAAGGCAGUUGAUGUUGUGGCAGGUCCAGACAGUUACCGAGAUUUGCCUCGUCUCCUGGCAUUGACUGACAGUGGUCAGACAGCUGUAAAUGUACUCCUCUCCCUUGAUGAGACAUAUGCUGAUGUUGUUCCCGUCCGGUUAAACCAAGACAGUGUUUCUGCUUUCAUCUCAAUAAUGCGAGGCUGUGACAACAUGUGUACAUACUGCAUCGUGCCAUUCACACGAGGCAGGGAGCGUUCUCGACCGAUUGCCUCCAUAGUGGAUGAGGUGCGUCAUCUCUCUGAUCAGGGCGUGAAGGAAGUUACACUGUUGGGCCAGAACGUGAACAGUUAUAGAGAUUUGUCUGGUCAGAGUGAAAAAUUAGAUACACAUAUGGCGAAAGGCUUUAAGACCGUGUACAAAAAUAAAAAAGGUGGUCUAAGGUUUGCUGAUCUGUUGGACAAAGUUUCUGCUGUGGAUCCAGAAAUGAGGAUUCGAUUCACUGCGGCUCACCCGAAAGACUUUCCUGAUGAGGUGCUGCAAGUGAUAUCGGAACGGGAUAAUAUCUGUAAGAUGGUACACCUGCCGGCCCAGUCGGGCUCCAGCGCAGUACUGGAGCGCAUGCGGCGCGGGUACUCGCGGGAGGCCUAUCUGGACCUCGUUGGACAUGUCAAGGCGGCUAUACCUGGAGUGGGACUCUCUACCGACAUGAUCUGUGGAUUCUGUGGUGAAACUGAAGAGGAAUUCCAGGAAACAAUGUCUUUGAUGCAGCUGGUCGACUAUAACGUGGCCUUCCUUUUCCCAUACAGCAUGAGAGAGAAAACCACAGCGUAUCGAAGGUACAAAGAUGACGUGCCGGAACAAGUGAAAAAAGAACGACACAACCGUAUGGUCGAUUUAUACAGAAGAAAAAGUCAAUUGCUGAACGAAGCCGAGAUAGGGCACACGCAUUUAGUGUUAGUCGAGAGUAUUGUACAGAAAACUGGACAAAUAUUAGGCAGAAAUGAAUUGUACAUCAAAGUUUUGUUCGAUCAAACUGACAUUUUGAGCCAAGAUGGCGGCAAAAGGGCUGUAACUCCGGGCGAUUUUGUAGCUGUCAGAAUUGUUGGCGCGAAAAGUUCGUUGUUAAAUGGCGUCCCUUUGUAUCAUACGAGUAUUAGAGAUUUUUAUAGAGACAAAAGUUGGGGGGAGAGGUAUGCUGUUAGUUUGUAAAAAAAAGUUAAAUCUUAUAAAUAUGCUCACGACUGUAAUUUCAGAUGGGGUACUCAGAUAGAUUUUGUAUUGUCGAUGUUGUGGGGAAUGUAGCACUUGAUAUACUUGCAGUUUUUAGUGUGUCACAUUCAUAGCCCCCCCACUACUGAAGAUUUUUAAUAUAUAGAAUAGUUUGUAAAUAUAAUUAAAU